AUGGAGGUAGUGUUGCAUAUUGGAAUAAUAUUAAGAGUCUUAAGGAAUUAUUUUCUUAAUUUGCAGGAUGAACUUAUCCCUCGUUUGCCUGUUGAUCAGGAAAGCAUUGAUUUUGAAGAAUGGCACAUCGAAUAUUUCAAAUCACAUAUUUUAAAAAGUAUUUGCUCCAAAGGACAGGAUGCACAUUGCAACAAAGAUGAUGGAGAUGAGUGCUGCGAAUUGUGCACAUAUCGAAAUGCUCUAGAACUCCCACAUCUCCCUGAUAUGGUAUUUCAUAAAAACAAACUUGUCUUGAAACACCGGGACGGGGCUGUCCUCGAGUUCCUUCCAAUGGAAUCGUUGCGUCUUGUAGAAAAUGGAAAACAACCUUUACAAGUUGCAUGUGCACAAGAGUGGAAAGAGAGCCGGCCUGAGAGUUUAAUGGAGGAAAAAUUUAAACCCUUUGAUUGGACGUUUACAACCGAUUACCAAGGAACGCCAAAUGAAAAAUUUAACGUGGAAAGAACGGAGCAGCAGCUCAAUAAAUUUAAGCUAAUGCAAAGGGAAAAAAUUCUUUUCUAUCAUGAUUUGACACUCUUCGAAGACGAGCUGCAUGACAAUGGAAUAUCGUCUUGUUCCGUGAAAAUUCGAGUAAUGCCUUCCGGAUUUUUCAUACUUUUGAGACAUUUUUUGCGUGUUGAUAACGUCCUCUUGAAAAUACACGACACACGUUUUCACUUUGAAGUUGGGAACAAUUAUAUCUUCAAAGAAUUUACCAUGCGUGGGGCUUCUUAUGAGGAAAUGAAAAACUUAUUCAAUGUAGGCUAUAGCAACUCAUAA